UUUUAUUUUCUCACUUGCCUCCUGUCUUUUUUUUCUGCAUGUCUCCUACUUUUCAGAUUAUGGCUGAAAGAAAAAGUGCUAAAGCUGCAGCUGGCAGCUCCUCCCAGAACAGCUCUGAUGUACCCCUACAAGAGUUCCCCAUGCCAAAAGCAGAACUGGUGCAGAAGUUUCACGUGUUCUAUCUGGGUGUGACAUCCGUGUCUCGGCCAAUAGGUAUGGACAUUAUAAACGGGGCCAUAGAGAACCUCUUGUCGUCCACGGGAAAAGAAGACUGGACGCCUGUCAUACUUAGUAUUGCCGACACCACCUUGGCUGUCCUCAAAGAAAAGGAGGAGGAUGAGGAGGCACUGGUGGAGUGCCGAGUCCGUUUUCUGUCCUUCAUGGGCGUGGGGCGGGAUGUGCACACAUUUGCCUUCAUUAUGGACACUGGGAACCAGCAUUUCCAGUGUCAUGUCUUCUGGUGUGACCCCAAUGCAGGCAACGUGUCUGAGGCGGUGCAGGCAGCUUGUGUGCUCCGGUACCAGAAGUGUCUGGUGGCACGGCCACCAUCUCAGCGCGCCGGCUCUUCCUCCUCCCCUUCCUCCCCCUCCUCUCCCUCCUCGGACUCAGUGACCCGCCGGGUCACCACCAGCGUAAAACGCAGCGUCCAGUCUCUCAUAGACACUCUGAAACCCAAGAAACAGCCGUCAGAACUUCCCCAGCAAUGACCAUCACCUAUGAGGAGCGCACCCCACCUCAGCCUGGACGCCACUCACACCAUCACCCCACAGAACACCUCAUCAGUACCAGCCAUGGUGCUUAACGAUGUACAUAGAAUAAACCAAACAUCACCCCAAAUAAGGGAAAGGAAUAUGUCUGAUGGUGUUUAAAAGGGAAAACGUACCCGUUGUGUGUGGAGUGGCAAAGUUUGCAUCACUGGUAGAACUCUGAACCUGUGACGGCUGCUUUGUCCAAGUGAAACGAUCGCUGUAUGGAUUUCUGAUAUACGGAUUACUUGAUCACGCUACAGACAGGAUCAUCCAGUGAGAAAAUGUCUCAUUUCUUCUCCCAAACUGGUUAUGGAGCAACUUAUUGGGUUAUUUUCUGUUCUUUCCAACUCCUUCUGAACUCCUGGACUGAAAUAGCCUUCCAGGACAAAAAGAUGUUUCCUUCUUGUGUUCAUGAGAAAUGUACAAGCGAGUGACAAAAAUCAUCCAAGACUGAACACACAAGACCUGCAGCUGCUCACCAAAUGGCAUCAGGUGUUUGGAAAAAUGAAAGGAGACUAAAUGUCUUCUGUCAUGAAGCGAUUGUAAUGAUGUGUAUGGUUGUGUGCAGAAAGAAAAAAAAAAAGAGCACAAACUUUGUAGAUAAGAGUUUGAGGAAGAGGGUAGAGGUUUGGUGGUAAAAAAAAAAAAAAUACUACAGUGGAGUUUGCCUUUGCAUGAUUUCUUGAUGGGAAGGGAAAAA